GACGCGGCGCCGUGGCUGCGAGCGGCGGGGCCCCGCUCCGCUCCGCUCCGGUACCGGCCCCGGCCCCGGCCCCGCUCGGCCCCGCCGCCCCUCCGCCAGCAAGGCGGCGCUUGGCUUGCUGCCGUCAGUAGGCUUCAGGGGUAACACCGCUGCCUGAGCGGCCGGGCGCCAUGGCAAGGGGCUGUGGGGGAGCUCUCCUCUCCCCCAGGAAGCGCCAUGGACCCCCCUGGCCCCCCCCGCGCCACCUAGACGCAUCGCCAGCCAGCACCGCCACCCCUUUGGCCACCCCACCCCGAGGGCAGCAGGAUGGCCCAGCACCACCACGCCACCCCCCCACCCCUCAAGACGGAGGAGGACUACAUCCCCUACCCCAGCGUGCACGAGGUGCUGGGCCGGGAGGGGCCGUUCCCCCUCAUCCUCCUGCCGCAGUUCGGGGGCUACUGGAUCGAGGGCACCAACCACCAGCUGAGCGGGACACCCGACUCCCCCCCCACCCCGGCACCCAGCACCCGGGCAAGGCUUGAGGGCAACCACACGGCCAAGAUCUACCGCAAGCACUUCUUGGGCAAGGAGCACUUCAACUACUACUCCCUGGACCCGGCGCUGGGCCACCUCGUCUUCUCCCUCAAGUACGACGAGCAGGAGCACCUCCACCUGCUACUGCGCACACGUACACGCACCCUGCACGACGUGGUGCCCAUCUCCUGCCUGGCCGAGUUCCCCAAUGUGGUGCAGAUGGCCAAGCUGGUGUGCGAGGACGUCAAUGUGGAUCGCUUCUACCCCGUGCUCUACCCCAAGGCGUCCCGCCUCAUCCUUGCCUUCGACGAGCACGUGCUCAGCAACCACUUCAAAUUUGGGGUCAUCUACCAAAAACUGGGGCAGACCUCCGAGGAGGAGCUUUUUGGCACCACGGAGGAGAGCCCGGCGUUCACCGAAUUCCUCGACGUCCUGGGUCAGCGGGUGCAGCUGCGGGACUUCAAGGGGUUUCGGGGGGGGCUGGACGUGACCCACGGGCAGACGGGCAGCGAGUCCGUCUACUGCCACUUCCGCGACAAGGAGAUCAUGUUCCACGUCUCCACCAAGCUGCCCUACACCGAGGGGGACACCCAGCAGCUGCAGCGGAAGCGUCACAUCGGCAACGACAUCGUGGCCGUCGUCUUCCAGGACGAGAACACCCCCUUCGUCCCCGACAUGAUCGCCUCCAACUUCCUCCACGCCUUCGUGGUGGUGCAGCUGGAGCAGGGCGGCUCCCAGGGGACCCUCUACAAGGUCUCCGUCACCGCCCGUGAUGAUGUGCCCUUCUUUGGCCCGCCGCUGCCUGACCCGGCCGUCUUCAGGAAGGGCCCCGAGUUUCAGGAGUUCCUGCUGACGAAGCUCAUCAACGCCGAGUACGCCUGCUACAAGGCCGAGAAGUUCGCCAAGCUGGAGGAGCGGACGCGGGCGGCGCUGCUGGAGACGCUGCACGAGGAGCUGCAGGCCCGCAGCCAGGCCAUGCUGGGGCUCGGCCCCGACGACGAGCGCCCCGACAACGGCGCCGCCGCCCCGGGCUUCUUCGAGUCCUUCAAGUCGCUGCUGGUGCCCGGGAGCCGCCGGGGACGCCGCGGCAGCGCCAUCGGGCUGGGCUCGGUGGAAGAGGUGGGUACCCUGGCACGGAACCCCCUCCCGGUUCCCCCCCUGCCCCCCGGUACCCCCCGCCCCGGUCCGGUUAACGGCGCCCCGCAGGCGCUGCUGGUGCCCGGGAAGAGCCCGUCGCGGCGGCGGCCCGGCCCGCUCGGCUCCCGCCGCUCCAGCGCCAUCGGCAUCGAGAGCAUCCAGGAGGCGCCGGCCGGCAGGGACGGCCCCGCCGCCGCCCCCGAGGGCGCCAGCUCCGCUCACAGCUCACCCGAGAGCCGCCGGCACCCCGACAGGGCUGAGAAGCCGGAGCCGCCGGAUUUCUCCCACUCCUCGUCCAGCACCAGCAGCUUCGGCAGCGCCAGCGAGGAGCCCAGCGAGCCGGGCAGGGAGAGCCGCUCGCCCUCGGGGACCCACUGCAACGCCUUCACCGACACCCCCUGGCCGGAUGACCCCCCCGGAACCCCCCCAGGCUGCCGCCCCCCUGAACCCCCCUGCCCCGAGAUCAAAAUCCAGCUGGAGCGGUCCCCCCAUAAUCCGGGCUCAUAGUCACCCCCAUCCUGGGGGGAGGGGUGUCACUGCCCCUCCCCCCCCCACCGUGUGCCACCCCCGUGCCAGGAGCCAAAGCC